CGCAAAAGUGGCCUAACCAGACACAUUUGCGACUCCUAACCAUAACCUGAUUUAAAUCCAAAACAAUUUCCAGGGGUAAAACACACUUCUGCAAACUUGUUUACGUUUUAAAAUCUGCAUCACUUGCAGUUGCUAUAGGUUACUCUUAAACUGGGAUUCUGUUUAUCUUUAAAUCUAUAGCUUAAUGUUUAUAGUCAGUUUCUCUCCGGUCUCCCGUGCAGACAACAUGUUGCCGUCCGAUAAAUAUCAUCAGGACCAAAGGAGUUUACUUCACCAACAGAGUCAGCAGCCGCAGAUGUUGCCUGUAAUUCAGUCAGCCCAGUAUGCACUACUAAGAAAAUAUGGUGACCUGAAUGUGCCACAACAUUUAUCCGAUGUUGAAGCAAAGAUGGCUCAGCAGGCCCACAAAAAGAUUGCAGCUCGUCUGAAGAUGGCAGAGUUAUUUCAUCGAUACAGGGCUCAGCUGAUCUCCAAUAAACACAAUGUCACCGUCAUCUCAGAUACUCCGGCAAAGGGAGAGAAGAUCUGCCUCACUGUGUAUGAAAACAAGAUAACUGUGCCCUUCACUGUGAAGAACUCUGAAGUCAAAAUGGUCUAUUUAUCUUUUUGGGCUUCUGACCUAGUAAAAAACAUUUUCACUGUCAGCGACUGUCAUGGAAACAUUAUCAACACCAUAAAGCAACUCCCUCUCGGACCAGGAGAGGCAUAUACAAUCCAGGUCCAUUUUAACUCAGAGCAUGCAGGCUUCUAUGAACAGCUACUGGUCUUUAAGUUUGAAACACAGCUGCCUUCUACAGAUACAUUUGAGAUUAUGCGCCUCCUGGAAAUCACCCAACGAACAUCUUUUGAUGAAAAGCCCCUAACUACAGUCACAAAUUCAUUGUGCAACAUCGAAACUGUGAGAUCGAUAUCUGUUGAUGGUUUCCAAUAUUCGUCACUUUCCAUUGUGGUGAAGUUGAAGGGAUACAAGCUGCCAGACAGUAUAAAAGACCUCCAUAAAUCUAAUAUGGACCUCGAGAAGAUGACUCUCAACUGGGAAAACUACCCACAGAAGUUUCACCUGCUGCUGCAUCUCGAGGAGCUCCAGCAAAAGACUGAAAUUGAGAAAAACAACCAGCAUGCGCCCCUGCUCAGAGACAAAGACAACACAGACCUUCUUAUUCUGAAGAUUGCAUGUGCCGCUAAGAACUCGCAUUCGAGGCUGGUCGGGAGCAAGCUGUGGGUGUUUCCUUUGGACCUGUUAGGAGUGUUUAAAGAGGCAGCUUAUGAAGCCUGGGUCCAUCACGUGGAUCCGGAGCACGUGUACCUGCAAUUUAAUAAAGAGUUCCUAAGCUGUUUCAAGGAUGGCAUGAUGUUCCGUCUCCUCUUUUCUAUCAACCGCAUGCCACUGCGUACCCAGCACAGAGCAGUAGAGCUGGCGCAAACUUACAAACUGAUGGAGGUGCUGUUCCCUACUGGAAAAUAUUCUUCCCACCAUCCACGACUAGACAGGCUGACAGACCUUGAAAGCAACCCUGAGCAGUGCAACGCCAUUCGACACAUUGUAGCUGCUUCAGCAAAACCUGCCCCAUACCUGGUAUUUGGUCCACCUGGCACAGGAAAAACUGUGACUUUGGUGGAAGCCAUCAAGCAGAUAGUGAAAAUGCAGCCCUUCUGCAACAUCCUGGCUUGUGCCCCUUCCAACAGUGCAGCUGAUCAUCUCUGUGAGAAGAUUCGAGCAGGAUGCAUAUCCAGGGUGUAUCGCUUGUAUGCCCUGUGUUACCCUGCAGGAAAUAUCCCCCCACAUAGCUUGUGCAACCUGGAUGAAAAGUCCAAAACACUCUUAUUUCCCCAUAAAACGAUUCUGAUGGGCCAAAGGAUCUUGGUUACCACCUUGCAAACAGCUGGAAGACUAGUGAGCGGAGGGAUUCCUCCUGGUCAUUACACCUAUCUAUUUGUGGAUGAAGCAGGCCAGGCUACAGAAUCAGAGUGUCUUAUCCCUUUAGCAGGUUUACUGAAUCCACAAACAUGCCAGUUAGUGCUGGCUGGAGACCCUAAACAGUUGGGACCGAUUCUCACAUCCGUACUAGCAGAGAAACAUGGCCUAGGUGUGUCAAUGUUGGAGCGUCUGAUGGACAACAUCAUCCUUUACAAGUCACAUGAGACACACGGGUUCAACAACCGCUUUGUAACCAAACUACUGAGGAAUUACAGGUCCCAUCCUUCAAUUCUGAAGAUUCCCAAUGUGCUAUUUUAUGCUGGAGAACUUCAACCUUAUGCUGAUAUAGCAAUAUAUAGUGCAUACUGCAAUUGGGAAUGCCUGCCUAAAAAAGGUUUCCCUUUGAUCUUCCAUGGAGUGGCAGGUGCUGAUGAACGUGAUCAUAACUGUCCCUCUGUGUACAACAUGGCAGAGGUGGAGGUGUUGAAGGAUUACUUAAAAGCUCUUGUUCGCCAUCUUCACAAAAAGGGUGUGACCAAAAUUGAACCAAAUGAAAUUGGUGUCAUUACCCCAUACACAAAACAGGUGGAGAAAAUUAAAAAAGCCCUUCAGACGGACAAAGAACUCAGGCAGGAAAACUUAGAAAACAUAAUGGUCGGUUCAGUGGAGAAGUUUCAGGGUAAAGAGUGCAAAGCUAUUCUGGUGUCUACAGUGCGCAGUUAUCCCAAACUGACUGCUCACAAGCAACAAGUUACUAUAGGCUUUGUUGAUAAUGAGAAGAGGUUCAACGUAGCAUUGACCCGAGCACAAGCCUUACUGAUUGUGGUUGGAGACCCGAGAGUCCUGAAGACUGAGCCAAUCUGGAACAAAUUCAUCCAUUACUGCUCUGAAGAAGGGGGUUACCGUGGCAUUACAAUGUCUGAUGGAGAGGAAGAGGAAGAUGCACUGCCAAAAGUACAUUCAGAGGGACUCUGUGAAGAGUGAUUCAGCAACAGCUGCAACCAUGUUGAAGGAGCAACACCCCUCGCACAGGCUGAAUAUUUAACAAAAAAAAAGCAACA